CAGGGGGCGUGGCGCAGUGAGGUGAGAACGGGCGCCACUAUCAAGCCAUCGGUCAGAGUGUUGUAAGAGGUCUGUUAGAAGAGCCGUGGCAGCACUUACCCAGCGACGAGGGAGCUACCGUCACCCUCACCAUGCGGGAGUGCAUCAGCGUUCACGUGGGGCAGGCGGGAGUCCAGAUAGGCAAUGCAUGCUGGGAGCUAUACUGUCUGGAACACGGCAUCACUCCUGACGGGAUGAUGCCUUCUGACGACACUGUGGGCUACGGCACGGACUCCUUCAACACCUUCUUCAGUGAGAGGGAGAGUGGCCUGCAUGUUCCCCGCGCCAUCUUCGUCGACCUUGAGCCAACUGUGAUAGACGAGGUACGGACAGGCAUCUACCGGGCGCUGUACCACCCCAUGCAACUCAUCACGGGGAAGGAAGACGCUGCCAACAACUUCGCCCGCGGCCACUACACGAUAGGGAAGGAAAUGAUUGACGUAACAAUGGACCAGAUACGCAAGGUGGCCGAUGACUCCUCCAGCUUACAGGGCUUCCUCGUGUUCCACUCGUUCGGGGGCGGCACGGGGUCCGGCUUCACGUCCCUCCUAAUGGAACAUCUGACCGUCGAUUAUGGCAAGAAGACCAAGCUGGAGUUCGCUAUUUACCCCGCGCCGCAGGUGUCCACGGCCAUGGUGGAGCCCUACAACUCGGUGCUGACGACCCACACCUCCAUGGAGCAGAGCGACGUGGCCUUCAUGGUGGACAACGAGGCUAUCUACGACCUGUGCCACAAGAGUCUGGGGGUCACGCGGCCCACCUACCACAACCUCAACAGACUCAUCAGCCAGAUCGUCUCCUCCAUCACCGCCUCCCUCAGAUUUGAGGGCGCCCUUAACGUGGACCUGGCAGAGUUCCAGACUAACCUCGUGCCUUACCCACGGAUCCACUUCCCGCUGGCUAAUUACGCACCGGUGCACGCCGCCGAGAGGGUUAAUCACAUGCAGAUCUCCACGGCGGACCUGACGAACGAGUGCUUCUCUCCGAACAUGCAGAUGGUGAAGUGCAACCCUCGCAACGGCAAGUACAUGGCGGUGACGCUGCUGUUCCGCGGCGACGUGGUGCCCAAGGACGUGAACAAAGCCAUCCAGAACAUCAAGAACAUUAAGACCAUUGAGUUUGUGGACUGGUGCCCCACUGGUUUCAAGGUUGGUAUUAACUACAUGCCGCCUACAGUGGUGCCCGGCGGGGACCUAGCUAUGGUGCCCCGGUCCCUCUGCAUGCUGUCCAACACUACAGCCAUCGCGGAGGCAUGGGAGCGUCUCGACCAUAAGUUUGAUUUGCUUUACAACAAGAGAGCCUUCGUCCACUGGUACGUGAGUGAGGGCAUGGAGGAAGGGGAGUUCAGCGAGGCGAGGGAGGACCUGGCGGCGCUCGAGAAGGACUAUGAGGAAAUAACAGAGGAUCCCGAGUAUUAUGAAGAUGAAGACGAUUAUUGAAUACCACGAUGAGCUCACUGGGAAUACGAUAAGAGGAAUACAAUGAGGAAAAAUGGUUGAAGAAGAGGAGGAAUGACAAUAUAAAUCCGAGUAUUAUGAAAACAAGGACGAUUACUGAAUAUGAUGAGCUGACUGGGAGGACCUGAGAUAUUCCAGAUAAGAUGAAUACAAUGACGAUGACUAACGAGGAAGAUUGACAUGUAAACUCGAGUACUAUGACAAUGAGGACGAAUAUUGAUUAUGAUUAUGAGAAAGACGUGAGCUGUUCAAGACGAGGAGAUGUGAAGACGUGAAGGCGAAAGGACGUGAACCAUUCAAGAUAAGGUUAGGUUAGGUACAAGAAUAUGAAUGGGUGAAAUAUAAAAAUAACAAUGAAUAAAUGAGGAUAAAGAUUACUUCCACUCAUAAGAACACAAUGGUGGUGACCUAAACAUUACGAAUGGCAAUGAAAAAUGUACGUGAAUUAAAAAAAAGUUAAUAUGAACUUAUAUGAACCUAUAAUGAAAAUAAAAACUGCAAAAGACGAAAAUUCUUAAGACUACAACGAUUUUAUCAGUACUACUAAUAAAUUAUACCAAUCCAAACCUUGCCAUUGUAUAUUAAGUCUCACGAUCUGACUUAUGUGUACUGGUGAACACAACUUUUAGUCUUAAUAAAACGAAGGCAUUAAGUUCUUUACUAUUGCAGAUUAUAAAAAUGUGACUCAA